AAUUUUAGGUGCUGCGUGAUAUAAUUGCUCCUGCUGCAGUAUAGUAUAGGCCUUGAAAAUCACAACUUUUCAUUUUCCAUUGGUCUUAGUACACAAUGUGACUAUAGAAGAGUCAAGUUUUAAGUAAGAAAAAUAUUGAAACUCUUUGGACACUUUUGAGUGUUGUUAACGGUACAAUCAGAUUCAAUUAUCUAUGCUAAGCUACAGCUAAAAGUGCUAACGCCAGACUUGGAGAUCGGCUGAAUGGUUUAAAACCUCAACUGUUUAACUUUAGUUUAAAUUGUGUAGAUAUCCAGGAGUGGAUUCAGAUGCACUUCAGUUGUUUAGUGCUGAUUAACAGACAGGUAACAAUGAAGAUGACCUAAUUGAAGGAGGUCAUCUGUAGAGGUUCAUGAGGUUUGUGUGUUUGUAGCUCCAUGUUGCUUCUCUCUUGUAUUUAACACUCUCUAUUGGUUAUAGCGAUCAAAGUUUUAGAAUUACAGACAUGCAUCCAAACUUUAAUUAAGGACAGUGAGAAUGUGAGGGCUGUAGAGACUGUCUUGUAUGUGACUAGUUCAGUAAAUCAUGUACAUUGUUCGGCAUUAGAGCAUGUGCAGCAGCGCAACUGGGUGACUCUGAGGCCCGCUAGUUGCGGCUCAAAACAUCGCUCUUCUGUUUCUGAUCAGAACAUCAAACAGGUUCUCCUCACUCAGUGACGCACCCACUGAGAAACCUGAUGAAAGUGCUCUAGUAGUUGCAGAUUGUAUUGUAUUGAAUUAUUGAAUUAUUAAAAUUUGAAUUCAUUCAUUUAAAAGUAAGCAGACAGAAAAAACCUGUACCUGGCUUUCAUAUAGAUUACAUAAUCAAAUAAUAGAUUUGAAUUUGUUGAAUUUGAUUUAAAUCUGUUACGGGAAAUAUACCCUAGCUUUCAUUACAAGAAUCAGAUACUGUUCGUUUUCGAUUUUGACAUUCUAAACUAUUAGCGCUUUACACCCAACACCGCUCGGCAGUAUGUCUGCUUCCAUCUCUAGAGAGAGACAGGGAAUCAGCCAUCUCUAUCUCCUCUAUCAGAUCCCUCUGCGAUCCCCAUGAGUGCAGCUGCAUGCAGAGUGUCUCUGGCAGUGAUGUAACAUUUGCAAGGGGAUGCGCAGCUCUUGAAAAGUGACUUGACCUUGCUCUUUUUUGCCCAUGUUAUUGCUUGCCAUAUCAAACAUUUUAUAUGUAUGCUUUGUGGGAAAGUCAAGCAAUAAAUAAGACUCACAGGACAAAUUUUAUUUCUUAAAUUUUAUUUAAGAAAGUAAUGUACGCAUUUCUGUCUCCUUGUUUAGAGUUUUAACAUUUUUGUACAGCAAAAGGUGUCAGUGGCUGUAUAGCUGAACUAAACUAGAUGAAUAUUCAACCAAGUUUUAGUUAAACAUUUUCUAGCAUAUAGUACAGUACAGUAUGAAUCAGAAAGAUUUGUUGAUAAGAAUGUCAGGUUUGCCUGGUUUUACAAGUUUGCAAGACAAAGAAAGGGCACAGGCAAUAAUAGCAGUUGAUAAGAGAGAAAAAUUCUUCUUUACUGAACACACAUUUACAGUAAGGAUUAUGAAAUACUGUGACGCUGACAUUAGUCGUGUGUAAAAGUGUAUAAAUAUAUUGACAGAGGCUGUAUACAUUGUAGCAUAUACAAGCAAAAGCAGCACCUCUUCUUGUGGACAGUCAUGGUUUUGCUGGUUAUAGCGUCUGUAUUUCUCCUCUGUGGGACCCUGUUUCAAUCCCCCGAAGUGGCAGCAUUUAAACCUCUCUUUAAGGACGGCUCUCUCACCCAUCGAGAAAUCACUCAGAUGGCCAUCCUCCGCAAGACAGCAGAAGUGUGUCGUGACAUAGCCACUGCCCGGGGACGCGAAUUCACACUGACUAUAAACAACAGACUGACUCCAUCUGCUGUCCAAAAAGCCUGCUUAGCAUCUUCAUCUUCUGCACUCUUUUAUUUAGCCAUAACAGAAACGUAUCUAAGCAAUGCAGCUGUAGAUGUACUGUUUGCACUGAGUGAGGCUCGUCACAUAGAUAAUGAGGCUUUCAGUGAGGGCCGGGAUCUCAUCACUCGUGGUGUGGCUGCAGUGAAGGCCAGCGUGCAGCAGGGAAGCUAUAUCUCUGCCCGAAACACACUGGGGACUCUGUGUCACACUCUACAGGAUUUCUAUAGUCACAGUAACUGGGUUGAACUGGGAAGCUCUUCUCCUUUCAGCGCCCUGAUCAAACCUGAUCGUCUUCUCGACAACCUAGCAGGCCCCAACACACCAACAUGCAAGAGCUGCGCUGGGUCAAACUGCAGAGAUAACAUUCUCCCAGAAAUACUGCUGCAAAAAAAACUAACCUCUGGAUAUUUCAGUGUUUUCUCCUCCCAAAAACCUGCAGGCAAGUGUAGCCAUGGUGGCUCUCUCGACAGAACCAGUUCAAGAGAACCCACUGGAGGCAUCAAUAAGGAUGACGUUAGCUCAGAUCACGGCUUCCUUCACCUCCGUGCUGCUGAAAUGGCCAUCAAUGCUACUAUGGAAGUGCUGCAAGACAUCCGACUGGCCACAGGCGACCAAGCCUUUCUUCGAUUGGUGGGCCUCAGUCAGACCUCAGUUCUGGCUUUUGUGAUUGACACCACAGGCAGCAUGUCUGAUGAUAUUGAGGAAGCAAAGAGGGUGUCCUUCAGUAUCAUAGACAGCAGGAGAGGAACACCAGAGGAACCUUCAGAAUACAUUCUAGUCCCAUUUAAUGAUCCAGAUUUUGGACCUCUGACAAGAACUGAGAAUGCAGAUAUUUUCAAAGAGAGAAUUAAUUCUCUUUCAGCAAGUGGUGGAGGAGACUACCCAGAGAUGUGCUUGUCAGGACUACUGUUGGCACUAGCAGGAGCUUCUCCAUCUUCAGACAUUUUUGUUUUCACUGAUGCUUCAGCAAAGGACUCCGAAUUAAAAAGCACGGUUCGGGCCAUGAUAGAGAGGACCAGGUCAACAGUCACUUUCAUGUUGACUAGUCCCUUUUUAUUCCGGAGAAGAAGGGAUGUCUCGCAAUCUAAAAGUUUUACAUCAAGAUCAAUGCCUUCAUCAGACAAACAGCUGUACAGAGACCUGGCUCAUGUUUCUGGUGGACAGACCAUAGAGGUCACUAAAGCUACAUUGUUUCAAGCCACUGAAGUCAUUACAGAUGCAUCUACCUCAGCCCUGGUGACUGUUCUUCAGGUUUUGAGAAGUCCAAUGAUUGCAGAAAAUAUUUCUUUCAUAUUAGAUCCAUCUCUAUUUAAUGUGACAGUAUAUAUCACUGGGGACUCUCCAGUCUUCACCAUCUACAACCCUACAGGCGUGUCUCAGUCAGGUUCAGUGGCAGAUGGUCCUCUGGGCAGCAUCCUGACUGUAGGGAAUCUGAAGAGAGUAAAACUCAACUCUGACAACCAGACAGGAGAAUGGAAGAUCAGUAUUGAUUCUACAAGCUCCUACAGUCUUAAAGUCACUGGUCAGAGUUCUGUGAACUUUCUCUUUAACUUUGUGGAGCAGUUAGAAGGAGGUGACUUCACACCGAAAGACAAUCGUCCUUUCAUGGGUCGGAACUCCACUUUGUUUGUCUCUGUGACCGGAGGAGAUUCAGUCACAUUGACUGACGUGCUUCUAGUCGAAGCUUCAGGAUCUGAUGUUGUUAAUGGAACCAUUAAAUCAUUGAGUGCGACAGACUUCCUGGUCAGCAUAGCCAGAAUCCCAGAGUGGGCGUUUGUGGUGCAGCUAAAAGGACUGUUAAAUGACUCGACUCGAUCUGUGCCUAGUCGAUUCCAGAGACAGUCACCCACCCAGCAGCAAGGCUCUAGAGUUACUAUCACGGCACAAGCAAGCAGCACUAUAGAGCCAGGAAUCCCUUCUGUUCUCAACUUCACAGUGGCCACUAAUGCGACAGGAAGCAGUUACAUUAUCCGAGCCCGGACUGACCGCAGCUUCAGUGUGUCUUUCCCGAGCUCUCUGGACAUGGGGACAGGGGGAAGCGCUCAGGGAAACGUAACACUGACAGCACCCUCAGACACCCAGUCAGGGAUGGACGUUACCCUCACCAUUGAAGCAGAAGAUCCAGAUUCUGGUGACUCGAAUUACGUGGCGGUGCGGUUCAGCGUUAUGACUAAGGUCACAGAUUUCUCUAGCCCUGUCUGUCAGGUAGUGAGAGUCAAAGCUGACUGUCCUGUCGAAUGCAGCACAGGAUCAUGGGAACUCUCUGCUAACUUAACAGACAUUAAUGGUACAGGCAUAGCUGGAGUGUCCCUCAGUCGUGGCAAUGGCUCUUUCAGUUUAAGUCAUGUGAUGAGUGGGGAUGGCACAAAUGUGACUGUGGCAUCUUAUAAUGCUUCCUGUUGUUCUCAGGAAGUAGAGCUGGUAGUUGUGGACAAGGUGGGAAAUGUGGGAACAUGCUUCACCUCUAUAAAGAGCCCUUCCACAACUGCUAGCCCUAAUGACUCUACAACUAUUAGCUCUGAUGAAGCUGUUAGCACCAAAGGAUCUUCAACUGUUAGGCCCAAUCUUACAACGUUUACCCCCAGUGCAUCAUAUUCUGUGUCCUUCUCCAUGUGUGUUACUGUAUUAGGGUUAUUUGUUUUCUUUCUUUGUGGAUGAGAGAAACUGAAGUCAUUUUUCUGGUUGCUAUGAUUUUCGGUAAAGGCUAGAAGAGAUUAUAUGGUGCUACUGGGCAGGUGCACAUCAAUACAGCAUCAUUGCUGUCAUCCUAUAAAACAAUAAUUACUAUUUUUUCAUUAUUGUAAGGGGUAGGUUUAGGGUUGGGGUAUGUAUAGACAUUAAUAAUACAAUCUAUUAGGUAGAAAUCAGUGUGAAAUGAUAAAUGAUUAACAAGGAUGUAGAAAUACCUAGCCCUGACUGUAAGCCUAAAAUAGAAAAGGUAUCCCUCUGUUCUGAUUGUUUGAAUGGAAUGUUGUUCCAGGAUCAACCAGGAUGUUGAUAAAGGGACGUACUUGGGGAAAUAAAGUUAAGAUAAUGCA